AUAUACAGAGAGCAAUAAAUACUGUAAAUAAAAUCUGUAUGGAAGACAACACUCGUCUUAGGUGGGAUUUUCAUUUCACGGGCCUCUCUCUCUCUCUCAUCAUCGUCUUCUCUGGGUCACUGGUUCUCGAUUGGCUUCCUCAAUUUUCUUUGAUAACUCAUCAAGAUUUAUCGCAGUUAUUAGCCAUGGAUUCUGAUUCUUGGGCCGCUCGUCUAUCUUCUACUUCCAGGCGCUAUCAAUCCGCUUCCCAGUCUCGAUCUGGGAUGAGAUGGGAGGGUAUCGAUUCGGAAAUGUUGAUAGGAUUCGAGGAAACAGACAUGGUCGAGGAUGAUGUCAGAGAGGAGUUUCCAUGCCCCUUUUGUUCUGAGUACUAUGAUGUCGUUGGAUUGUGCUGCCAUGUUGAUGACGAGCACCCUGUUGAAGCCCAGAAUGGGGUGUGUCCGGUUUGCGCAACAAGGGUGGGGGUUGACAUGAUCGCACACGUCGUAUUGCAGCACGGGAAUGUCUUCAAGAUAUCCUUUUUCCAGCCUGCAAUAAGAAAUUAUUCUCUUUAUGCCAUAUACUCCCUUCGUCUCGAAAUGAACUUUGGUGUUUGACUUUAUGAAAUAAAAAAAGUGUUUAGAAAAAUAAAUAGUGAGCGGUUGGAAUUCAUUUAGAGAAAAAAGAUUGUGUGUCGUGAACCACAUAUUUCAUUCUUUAAUAGGACAAAAGAGAAAUGGGAAGUUUUUUGGGACAACCAAAAAGAAGAAACUGUCAAGUUUAUUUUGGGACGGUAGACACACACAUACACAUGCAUACAUAUAUUACAUGGUCUAUUUUGGCUCAUUCGUAAAUGAGGGAGUGGUAUUUAAGAAAAUGCUAAAUUUUCAAUAAUGACUAGAUUUUGUGGUUGAAAAAGGCAUUGGCUUGGUGUUCUAGUAUACGCUCCCCCCCCCGCCUGGAUUCUAGCUGUCCAUUUUCUUAUUUUUGUUUGUCCGGAGUUAGUUUUUCACUUUUAGUAUUCAAUAUAAAAAAAUAUGUUGAAUUGUCUAAAAUAUUCUUGAGAUAAGAGUAUGAGCAUUGUUGACUUGAAUUAAUGAAAAACUCAUUUUAAUGAUUUAUUUUUCUCUCUAAUCUCAUUUCCUUGAUUUAUUUCUCUCUUUAAUCUCAUUUCUUGAAAAUGAGAUUUUUUAGAAAGUGGGCCACUUAAUCCAGGCAGAGGGAGUAGUUUUUUAGAAUCCUCCCUCUAUUGUAUGCCAACAUGUAUAAUUUGAACCUAAGUUUCUUGUCUUUCCUGAUCUUUAUAUAACAUACGGCUAUGCGCUCUAUGUCCCAUGAGUUUUUUGUUUUAUACACUUUCCUUUUUAGUCCUUCCCAAAUUUAUGUUCACUCUCCGUACUAGAACCUUUUACAUUUCAAUUAUCCUUUUUAUUAAUUUAUUUCUAUUUAGAGGGUGAAAUUUGUCAUUUACGUAGUCGAACAAUAUCUCAAACGAGUAAAUGAUAGUUCUUUAAUUUUUGUUGUGAGCUCCUUGACCAGAGUUCUACGUGCAGCACAAGAGGAGAUCACGUAAAAGCAGUUCACAUUCAACGCUUUCAUUGUUGAGGAAGAAAUUGCGAGAAGGAAAUUUCCAGUCUCUCAUAGGAGGAGGGUCAUCUUCCUUUAUAGCAGCUCCUUCAAGUAGUGCUGCGCCAGACCCAUUGGCUUCAUUUAUUUUGCCAAUGUCGGAUGAUUUUGGGAAUGCCCAGUUACACUCUUCUCAUGAAGCCAACUCUGCUGCGAAAAGCACAUCAGAAAAUGUUCCCAAAAGAAAACAACCUCCAUUAUCAGUGGAGGACAAAGAGGAGAGGACAAAGCGUAGCGAGUUUGUUCAAGGGCUGGUGUUGUCCACCAUUCUUGAGAACUCAUGAAGGUACAUACCCCCCCACCCCCACACUUGAAGGACUAUUUAUCCCCCCCCCAGCCAAACGAACCCUGCAGGACUUUGAUGAAAACCCAACCACGGAAUAAGAUCUCUUAUGUGUUGUAGGGGAUGUUUAUUAGUCCUUAGGUUGCCAACUUGUGUAUGUGUAUUUGUAUUUGUAUUUGUAUUUGUUUCCAAUAUAAGUUAAUGCAUUGACGAUAUCGCCCCCCUCCUUAGACCCCCCCCCCCCCAACUUGAGAGACGUUUGUCAUUCGGUUGUUAUUGUUGUUGCAUUGACAAUAUAAUGAAUAGACAUUU